AUUCCUGGAUUCCAUUUCUGUGACGUAUCCUUGUCGGGGCUUCAAACCGAAGGGUCCCGCUGUCUGACUUUUGCACCACUAGUUUUCCUGGCCCAUGGACUUGAGUCCAGCAUCAGGCUUCAAAAGGAGGCCCCUUGCUUCCUCUUCCCCGAGUGGAGAUAAAGAGAUUGCCUGGAGCCCUACUCCCUGCUCGCCAUCCUUAUAUCCUUCAUCUAAUCCGUCUUCUCCCUUAUCUACAUCCUCCUCUGUUUGCAUUAACUUAGGUUAUCAGAGCCAUGUAAAAGGACAGACCCAAGGGACAGAAGUGGCCAAGGUGUCCUCCACUUCUGCCUCUCUAGCAAAGCAGUCCCUCUCCUUAAAUACACCCAACACCACCUCCUUAGAAUCCUUUCCUCACGCUUCAGUGCAACCAGGUGUUGAUUGUGAAGAAAAGGGCAAGAAAAUUGACAUGUUUGAUCCUUUCAAUGAAAUUGAGGGAGUGAAGGGGGAAGAUGGGGAGAAAUAUGACCCCUUUGACCCCACUGGUUCCCCAGAAUCAGACCCUGAUGGAAUUGCAAAAGUCAGAAAUGCUGAGAGAGGUGAUGAGGAAGGAGAGCAAAAGGAAGAACUUCCAGAUUCCACUUAUACCUUGGCGGAUCUGCAAAGCCCCAGACCAGCCACCCGACUCCCUCUCAGGAGGAGAGUGGACUGUAGCACCGCAAAAGCUGGGGAGCAUAGGGAGAGUGCUGAGUCUGAUCACUCCGAGAUAGAGGAGGGGGAGAUAGUUGGAGCUACCGACAGGAAUGGAAACAAUAAAAGACCAUCAACUGGAGAAAUUAUCCCACUUAAUUCUCCCAGUGUCUCCUUUUUUGGCUCAAAGCCAGAGCGCAUCCUUCGGGUGCUGGACGGGGACGGCUUCGUGUCUGUGUGCACAAAGAGCAGCUGGGAUGUGGACAUGGAGCCUGAGGACGAGCCUGUGGUAGGAGUGGAGGAUCUUAGGAGGAAGCUGGUCAACAGGCGAAAGGAAAGAUAUCUAUCUUUUCCUUCUCCUUCCCCUAUCUCUCCUCAGUCACUGCCUCCUCCCUUGAAUCCUCCAUCUUCCACUCCCUCUCCCCCUCUCACACUUCCGGUACAACAAGGCAUCAAGAACCACAGCAAGUCCUCCAAGAUUUCCAAGGACCACGACCAACUGAAAAGCAAGAAUAGGAAGGCAGGGGACAAGGAGGAGAGAAGAAAAAAGACUAGGAAGGACAAAGAGGGAUGUCGGGAGAGGAGCAAAGAAAAGGAAAGAGGCCAUAAGUCCGGGAAGGAGGUAAAACAAAGAAGGAACAGCAGGAGCAGUAGCCGGAAGAGAAAGAAAAAAAUGCUUAGCAGCCCAGAGCUCUCAAGAUCCUGCAACUCUUCAGGAAGGGGGAGGCACACCAGACACUCCUUUUCAAACCUAUCUCUAGAAAUAGACAGAGAAAAAGAGAGAGAUAGAGGGAGAGACAGAGACAGAGACAGAGACAGAGACAGGGAUCGAGACAGAGAGCACAGUCAGACCACUAGCCAAAGAAGAGAUGAGAGAGUUAGAGAUUCUAACUCCAAAAGUAAAGACGGACAAAGAAAAAUAAGACAACACUCAAGCAGCAGAGAGCGAGGCGUUCCAAAGAGGUCUAAACCAAGCAGGGAGAAGAGGGACGAAGAGAGAGACGGGCAGCAUGAGAGGGAGCGACGUCUGGACGGUCGGCCUGUUGUUCCGCCCUCUAUCCAAGACCUCACUGGGUCUGACCUCUUUGCCAUCAAGAGAACCAUCACAGUCACCACCACCACAACCACCACCACAGUACCUGGCUCCCCACGACUGGCCCCGGCCUCUCCCUGUUGCCCCACACAGGACUCUGACAAGCCCCACAAGAGGAAGAAGAAGAGGAAGUGGCACUCAGCUGGAGAGAUGGAGGAGCAGGGAAGUUGUCACAGCCAAUCACAAUCACCACCAAGGUAUCAGAGCUACGAGUCAGACCACUAUUCAGAUAAAUUGGAGAUUGAUGUGUUGUCUUUGGAUGGAGAGGCUUUGGACUCAGACUACCCAUAUUUGGAGGAUACACCCCCUGCUGCCCUGCCCCCAGAACAAACUAUUGCCAGCCCCAAAACUAAAACUAUCCCCAAGACUGGACGACAUCACCCGAAAAAGAAAUUGCAUACAUUCAAAAAAAUUGCCAAAUCUCAAUCCUCCUCUUCCAAUAAAACCAAAAGUAAAUGCCUCUCUUCACUGACAGUUACUUCAGGCCCUGCCUCUACCUCAUCUGGCCUGCCCUCAACAAAGAGAACCAGGAAGGUGGUGAAGGCAAAAAAAGGGGACAAAAGCAGCAGAAAAGAUUUGUCUCACUCUGGCAAAUCAAAGAAAGAAAGUGGCGUUAGUCGGAAAGGCAAGCUUCAGUCAAAAGUGUCUGUGCUAGUGCGUGAGGGUGUGAGCAGCACCACAGGGGCUUCAGUGGGCACUGGAAAGCUCGGCAUGGAUCUCAUAGGGCCAGGAGGAACAGGAGGGGGGACUGGGAACUCUGUGGUGGGUGGCUCAAUUGCAGUAGUAUUCUGCAGGGACAAUGAGAGCAGGUCUCCGUUCCUCAAACCUUGCUCGGAGCCCCUAUCACGCAGUAAAGAUAUGGCCAGUAUGGGGAAGCGCAGCAGCCUUGCUGCACCACAAUCCUCAUUGUCCAGUCCUUCAGGACUGAAGUCCAAGAAAACUAAAGCCAGCUCCAUUACAUCCACCUCCUCCUCCGCCUCCUCCCCCUCAUCAUCUCUGACAACUAAGCGCCGUCGUCGCCUAGCCAAGAAGACAAGAGAGAAAGCUGGCGUUUUAAGGUUGACUGCUGGAGACGGAAGCCAAACCAAAGCCCUAUCUGAAGGCUGGGGGGGGGUCUCUGUAGAUCAGUCAGCCAGUGGGGAGGGUAGCAAGUCAGUCAGUCCACAUACUAGCCAAGCUGGCCCUUUACCAUGUUCUUCCUCCUCUUCCUCUUCUUCCUCUUCUACCAGUGUGCUCCCACCCUCCUCCUCCCCCCCGCACACGCCUCCACCCUCCAUGGCUCCUCUACGGGACACCAGGGAGUCUUCCCCAGACUCUCAGACUGUGGACAGCAGCUGUAAAACCCCAGACCUUUCUUUCCUAGCUGAAGACUGUCCAUCUCAAACAAGCCCCACGCCCCAGGCAUCCAGUCCUUCAAGCCUGCCCCCCCCCCAGGGAGCAGGUGUCAGCAUUGCCUUGUCUACACCCACUGCCAAACCCCCUUCCCUAGAUGAUACACCCAAACCCCUGGCCUCCCCUCCUUGCUCAUCCUCUACAGCAAGCUGUGGUCCGACUUCCAUUUCUCUGCCUCUGUCCUCGGCAGACCCCUCCUCCUCCUCUGUGUCUUCCUCAUCUGCUAGUAAGCCUCACCCCCCCCCUCCAGAAUCGUCUGCCCUCCCCUGGAGUCUGCAGACCGGAGUAGACUGUACCACUGGAGGAGUCCUAGCAUUGACUGCUCUGCUCUUCAAAAUGGAGGAGGCCAAUAUCGCCAGCAGAGCGAAAGCUCAAGAGUUCAUUCAAGCCACAAGCCAGGUGAGUGUGGGUCAGUGACGGUCUCUCUGUCCCAAGCAGGCAUUCUCCUCUGUCUUCUUCAGAUUUUGUUGG